AUGGUGGUUCGUCUUCUUUCGAGUGCGUUUGCUACAUUUUAUUGGAUUGGGAUUUAUAUUAAACCCAAAGAAGGCCUCCGAGAUGAUCCGGCUGUUAUUAAAAACACGAUGGUUAGAAUUGUGACCUCAACUACGGUAGCCAUUGCAUUAGGACCAUUUGCAGCUCAAACACUGAUUGGCGGCGAUUAUUGGCAAAAUUUCAAUUUAAUGGGGCUCCAGAUGAGUCCAAAAGGAGUUGCAAUUGCUUUGGGGUUGACAAUGACCCUGUUCAGCGGCCCCAUAAUCCGCAACGGUAUCCCUCGCCCAGAGUGGUCAUGGCCAGACCUGCGAGAUUAUCUGUUCGGGCCGUUGACUGAAGAAUUGGUGUAUCGGUCAGUUAUUAUUUCGUUUUACAAACAGGCAGGGCUUUCUCAAACUAGGAUGAUUUGGGAAACCCCACUAUACUUUGGGCUAGCUCACAUGCAUCAUGCGCUGAGAAAGUACCGUCAAGGAGUGCCACUGAGAGAAUGCAUUAUUCCGGCAAUCGCUCAGCUAGCAAUGACAACUUUAUUCGGAGCAUAUGCAUCCAAACUUUUCCUCUCGCUUGGUAGUGUAUGGCCAAUCGUGGCAGCACACGUUUUCUGCAACCUCAUGGGUCCCCCUGAUAUUGAUGGACCUUGGUGGUAUAGGACGCUAUUGAUAGGCGGAUUAUCAACUUUUGCGUACGGACUUACCAAGUUAUAG